AUGCAGGUGACUUGUCAGUGUAACGAUCCAUUGCUCUCCUUGGGUCGUGUUACCUGGCUUGGCAUUAUCGAACCAUUGGCCGAGGCAACUCUGUCAGUGACUUUUCGUACGCAGCAGAGAGGUCGGUUAGAGAGAACGUUAAAAAUUUCAAUUUGUGAUGUCGAAACUGCGGAAUUGGUAGUUCCAGUUACUUGCGUUGGUGAGGGACCGGUUCUGCAUGUGGAGCCCACUAGUGUUAACUGGGGCACAAUACCAGUACUACAGACGACGACAAGAUGCAUCCGUUUAACCAAUGAAUCGGCUAUUGAUGCCACGUUUACUGUGAAAACGCUCACUAAAGAUAGCAUCUUUUGGGCACAGCCAGCUGAAGGUACGGUGCCGCCCCUGAGCCACUUUGAUUUGGCCAUCUGCGCCCGACCGGAUGAUGUCAUCGUGUUCAAGGAUCACAUGGAGCUGAUUGUGCAGGACGCCGCGACCACUCGGAACAUUACGCUGAAUGCAACUGGUCACGGUAAUACCAUCGUGUCUGAACCACCAAUGACAGACACUCUGGACUUGGGCACGCACUUUACCACGGCACCCAUGCAACAAGUCUUCCGGUUGCGUAACAUGGGACGUCGUUCGCAGCAGCUUAUCUGGUCUGUGGAGGGACAGACGGUUCGCGUGGUGCCUCAUUCUGAAUCAAGGCUUGAGUCAGAACUCGAAACCCAAUGGUCGAUCACGCCAUAUCGAUUUGAAAUCAAUCGAGCGGAAAGUGCGGAAAUUGUACUGCAAGUCAUCGCUUUAAAACCUCAUCUGGCCACGAAGCGUAUCUACUGUCACACAAUCAUCGGCCGCAAAGGUGCCAAAACUCUGAUCAGCACAAUCGACGUUUCUGUGAACUUCAUCAAUCCACAGAUUUGGUUCUCUCAUGAGGAAUUGUCCUAUCGUAUAUUGAAAAACCCCCUUGACAAGUUGGAGCCUCAAACAAGACAAGUUACCUUGAGAAAUUGUUCCGCUUUGGGUGUCACCUGUCUGAUAGAAGCACCUCAUCCAUUUUACUUGGUCCAAGAUGGAAAUCCUUGUCCCAAGCUGCAAAUAACUUUACUCGCUGAAGAAUCCAUCUGUUGCAACGUCAUGUUCGAUCCCACUUACGAUGACAGUCUAUAUAGUCGGCAAAUUGAAGGAACUCUAUGCAUCAAAUACUUGGAGCACCCUCAAACGGACAAAAUCCGGCUCUUCGGUGAAGUCUAUUUUCCCAAUGUAGCCUUCGAAUCUGAUGAGAUCCGGUUCGGUUACAUCCUCAAUCAGACGGAGAUCACGCGACCUAUGCUCAUGACCAACACAAGUCCUCUACCGGUUCGAUAUCGAUGGAAAUUUUUGGUUGGGGAUAGAGUAAACAUAGUAUUUCGCCGUCAGACUGAGUUACCAGCGUCGCCAACUGUGAUAGCAAGUGAGCGCGAUGCUAGAUGCACAACAGAAAUCGAUGAGAUGGAGCUUUUACCAGAAGUUAUCAACCGUCAACACUUUACUGAUGCGCCGGAUGAGUUGACAACAAAUGGGGAGACAAGCGAUCCUCCUGCAGUCGAAUGCGCGAUCCCACCGACCAAGGCAGAUUUGAAGGAAGCGGAACUAAGUCAACCCGGAGAGCUAACAAAAAGUGAUCCAGUUGAAGAUACUGAGUGUAGGGUCAGCUACAGUGACGCACAGUCUAUGCCACCUAAAGAUGAAGAGCCAUUUGACCAGGGGACACGAUCAGAUCCGUUGAAAAACGAUGCACUGGAUAAUCUGCUUGAGCAGGAAAAUGAUGUAAUUCCUCUGGGUAUCGAAGAGAUCUUCGACAUAAAUCCACUGUUUGGAGAAUUAGCACCCGGAGCAAGCCAGUUGGUAAACGUGGUCUUCUACGGUCACGCGGACAUUGAGGCCACUGUGACGGCUGUGUGUGAGGUGGACGGAGGCCCCGCUUACUCGAUGGCAAUUAGUGGGGCUGCUUCCAUUGUGGAUUACUACUUGGACCGUACUGAGCUCGAGCUUGCUGUAGGCCGCUAUGACCGCACGGCUGUUGGAGAAAUAGCUUUAGCAAACACUGGCCUCGUAGGAUUUGAGUUUCAUGUCACACCGGACAACAGCCUUGAUGAAUCUGAAGUCAGCUACAACAAUAAUGAAACUGAAUACCCGCUUCCGGGAUUACUCACCACGGAACCAAGCAUGGGUUAUUUGGGAGCCGAUGAGGUGUGCACAAUACGCAUUUCGUAUUUGGCUCGGAAACCCGAGCGCUUCGAGAGGCGCAUUCAAGUUCAAGUUGCGCAAUUCGCCCCCAAAACUGUGCUGAUAAGAGGCCAAGCAGACUUUCCGCGUUUGAGUCUGGAUCUGCCCAGGAGGCGACACGCUCAGCAGGCAGAGGGCAAUGACGAGAAUCUGACGUCUACUGGGGCCAACACAGUUCCAAUGGAAGUAUCAGUUUACGAAAACACGAUGAGCAGUCUGCUGCAAGAAUUGCGUGCGAAGAUUGUACAAGUACUGCAGCAGACUGAGACAGAACAAGGCUCCUUUAGUUAUUGUUGUUGCCAUGUCGUGCGCAAGCACUCAGUCCACAACGGGUGUAAUAGAGCCUUACGUUCGGACCUGGACCCAAUAUUUGCCCACGAAGGCAACUGCACCGUUUCGAAAGCCUUACAUUCUGUGCUCACCCAGUUAUCUGUGUCCACUUGUGAUGUUCAAGAGGCGACAUUAGCGAUUAUCCCAGACAUCACGCUUCAAAUGGAGGCCGAACGCGUGCACGUCUGCGAAGUCUUAAAACGGCGAGCAAUGCGACACUUGGAGACAGCAGAGCUUCACUCCAUUUCGCAGUGCCAUACGAACACUCAUGUGCAUGAUGAUGGAGCCGGAGGACAGGAAGUAAAGAACAGGUCCAUUUUGGGGAACAAAAUCCAUUUGCCCAGCUACGUCAUGGAUUUUGGAGUGGUCAUAUUUGGCUCAGUGGUUCGUCAAUGCGUGCGAGCAGCAAAUCUCGGACACGAACCAAUUAGUUGCCGAUUCGAACCAAGUACUGUUCUGGCCGCGUCGAAGCUAGGUGUCACACCGAGUAUUAGCGCAGUCCGACAGAUGCCAGUGACUUCAGAAUCAGAGUGGAUAGAAUGGGAGAUCGUUUUCGAUCCCAAAGGAGCGAAUCUGUCUCCUGGUCCGGUGGAAACGGAGUUGUUGAUAAACGUUGCCAAUGGUCCAAUCGUUCCCAUUUUGGUACGUGCUGAAGUGGUUGUUCCCAAACUGCUAGCCAAUGUGGAAUGCUUGGAAUUCGCAGAUGUACAACGAGGAGAGGCUCUGCUAAUGCCCAUUAGAUUGGAAAAUCCAUGUCCGAUCCGUGUUCACUGGAUGCAGGAACAGAAGUGGCCUAUACCUUUAACCAACCCGACCGAGCGGUCAGAUAGGGGAAAAUUUGGGUGGCAAUCGAAGCGAAGGCGGGCCGCAUCCCAAAUGCCACGCAUCUUUGAAGUAAUUCCCAGCGAAGGGAGUUUGAAAGAAGGUGAAAAAGUGAUUAUACAGGUGAAGUUCACACCACUAGAACAGCGUCGAUAUGAAGAAUGGAUCACUGUGUUUUUGGAGAACUCUUCGGAAACAGUGCGUAUCAAAUGCUGUGGUCAUGGUCUGGAUCCGCAGUUGCAAUUCGACCAGACAUUGAUUCAGUUCGAUCCCUGUCUGCCAUUCGUAAAUUCAGAGGAAAGGAACAUAGUGGUCAAGAACCGUUGUGACUUCCCUAUUGAAUUCUACGCUGUGGAGUUGGAUUUGCAGUCGUACCAGGAGGACAAAAUGCUUCGCAUUCUUGAUGGAUACGAUGAAUUUGGACUGAUGCUUCUGCCACCGCGCAAACCGGGAGAAGGUUUGCCUCCUGAAAUCGUGGCGCACUACGAAGAGGCAGUGAAGUCGGGAAGGUGCACGAGCUCCGAGGAUUCUAGAUCCGCACAACGCGAAUCUUCGCAAAACUCACCGGUCACUGAUAUCACCAAGCAGCAGCUCGAUCCUGUGGAUUUGUUGCAUCAGUUUGAUAAAAGCAAGGUAAGCACAUCAGGUGAGCUUCUGGCACUGAUUCUGAGCAAGCGUGCACUGCGCAAGAGUCCAGUAGAGGAAUCCGCAGCCGUGUCAGAGGAAGUCGAAUUGACGCCAGUCUCAAUGUCAAUUGCUCGACAUUUGGGAGUGUCUUUGACACCAGACGAGCAACUGGCAAGCGGCCCGCGCGGUGUUGCCCUGGUCGUUGACGCUGCAUUGACAGCCCUUAGAAAACCCGUUGUCGAAAGAUUAUGCGCCAAGUAUCAUGGCGUCGCGCUGAGCAUUGAUCAAAUCAUCUUGGAUGCUCUGGCCACCGGCUUAACAGGCGCUGCAGAUCGGGCCCGCCAAUGCUGCCUGGAGUCUGGUAGGGAGAUGCUGCAAAAGUUGCGAAGGGCUGAAGUAGAUGGCGCGCAACCAGAUGUUACUUACAUCGAAGCAAAUACCUCCGAACAAUACUUACUGGCUAAGAAAAUUGCAACCGCUUCUAGAGGUGAAAAAGGCGUUACUUCAGAAGAUGUGCUCAAGCCCCUCCCAACGCUCCACAAGCAAAUUGUCACCCAGGGGCAACCUGGACAGCCAGCCACACCACACCUAAGACAGCCUCCACCUACACCAAGAAAAUUGUCAUCGCAAGGGGAGCAGCCAGUCGAAGGGCGUCCCUGUAGCCCAUCGAUUACGGGCUAUCGUGUUCCACGACGCAUCAGUAUAACAGGAUUUGCGCCAAGCGGAGCGCCUGUAGUCAGUAUUGAUCCACCCAUAACCAAGGAGCCCGGGGCUAAUGAGCCGACUUUGGUGGAAGGGAAAGCUCAGACCGAACUCUCGGAAGAUGUUAUGUACUCCACCAUUUUACCCGAUGAUCUCGUCAUCAGUCUGGUGCAAGAGCGUAUUUCAUCCGCUGACUGCCUCAAGGGUGUUGUGUUUGACGGGUUGGAAUCACAGUUUGUGGAGAACCGACUCAAGUCUGCCCAGAUUAUGUUGAAGGCAUUGCGUGAUCGUCAUUUUAUCUACUUUGUCUCGAUAAUGGCUGACUACAUGACAUUCAAGGCUGUGGAAGAACAGAUAGCAUCCGCAGCUGUGGCCUCCGAGUUGGCUCACCAAAAGCUACUGCAACAGAAAGUGGAGACGCUAUCUGAGAGCGAAUACAAUCACCUGCCAGAAAAUGAACGUGAGGAGCUCGAUGAAUUUAUGCUCCGUGGCCGGCGUCAGAAACGUCGAGAAGAACUGGAAGCUCAACGAUUGCGAGAGGAGCGUCAGAGAGAAGAGCAGUUGGCAAAGGCUCGGCGCAUCGAAUACGAAAGAACUCAUCGAAAGAAGGGACGGAGAGUAGAUGACAAAGCGGGUCGUCCAAGUACUUCCACAAAAGACACUGUGGAUCGGAGUGCACCAACCAGUGCGCGUUUGUCACCUCAGCACACCAGAACAAUGAAAGGUGGCUCGAAGGAGGUCACGGAAAUUACAUCGGCCGGCAGGCACCGUAUUUCACGAGCGAUGGACAAGAAAAGGUCAGUGAGCAGUAUGAAAGAAGAGCCUAUGCAGGAGGUGCAAGAAGAGCCUCUCAGGAGUGAAGCAGAUGAAGUUCUAUACCAAAAAUUUAAAACAUUCAACUUCGAUUUUGUCGCCAUUUCUGACCUGCUUGGUUGGUGGGAUCGAGUGUCACUCACUCAAAGGCAAGUCACGGUGAUUGAUGAACACGAAGAUGGUGCCGGUAAGUCAUCUAUCGCUCAAAUGGGAAGACGUCACCGGACCGGUAAUCUAACAAGUUCGAUUGGCGGGCCAAGAGGAAGGCAACCAAACAUCAGAGCUGAAGGGGACAAUUCUGGGGACACGGACAGCAACAUUAUCUAUUCUCCUAUGACGCCCAUCUACUGUGAUCUGCCGUAUACAGCCGACACACAUCGACAAGCUCGCAUUGAUCAAAUAGCACCGUCGCCUUCUGAAUACCGACUGGCCAAUGCAAAGUGUUCGCGUUUGCUGGGAAUUCCCCACUUGGUAGUGAAUGCACCGUUGCAGGAAGCAAGCGGGGUAGUAAGAGGUAAGCUUUUCAGAGACGUCACACCAUGCUUCCAUACUUUUGAAUUAAUGUAA